AUGAGUAGAAUCGAAUUCAGUAAAAUUACGGAAAAUUUCAAAAAAUCACCACGAUCUCCCGUACAGCCAUCAUCAUCAUUAAAUCCUCUACUCUAUUCUUCUACAACCACAACAUAUAACUCUGAUGAUAACGUAUUCACCCAAGUUGCUUCCACCGCCAGCGAUGAUAAUGCAUCAAGCGCCAUGUCUUCCACUGAAUUACCGCAUCGCUCUAUAUUCACUGUUGCCGUUAGUGUUGUCGAUGUAAUCCUACUAGUAAUCUUGUAUAUCGUUAAUCGUAGUUUUAAACAAUCCUCUACAACAUGGAUAAAAAUGGGUGCAAAAUAUGUACCGUGUAUGAAACCAUCAAGAUCAAUACUUUAUGAACAGUCAUUCAAAUCUCAAUGUCACGCUUUCCUAUAUCCACAUCAAUUUUAUCGGUUUUUUAUGCCCAUGUUUUUACAUGGGAGUUGGGAAAAUUUAAUGAAUAAUUUAAUAUUUCAACUAUUAACCGGUAUUAUUCUCGAGCGAAAAUAUGGUACAAAAGCAUUUGCUAUCUCGUAUAUUCUAUUCGGUUUGAGCGGAAAUAUAUUGAGUGCUUUAUGGUCACCUAAAAGUGGUGAGUAUUAUGCAUUUUUGAAUACAUUUUCAGUUACAAAUACUUUUGCUGGAGUAUCGGGCGAUACCCCAUUGCUAAUUUUAAAGCUUAUGUAUAUGAUGGAGGAAGGGUGCCCAGCUGGGCAACUACCGUUACCGAUGUGGAAUGGUAUCGAUUUUAUCACCGGUAUUGAUUUAAGUGAACGUGUUGAUCAUGCAGCACAUACGGGUGGUGCUCUGAUGGGUAUUUUCGUCGCCGGUUAUAUGUGUGAAUUUCCGAAUUUCGUUAAAGCGAAAAUCGACGACAAACGAAUUAAAUCAAUCUCGUUCAUAUCGAUUAUGGCUUAUCUCGUUUUUACAUUACUCUUAUUUUUUGUAAUAAAAUCACCAUAUUGA